AUGAAGAGCCUAGUCGUCCAAGUCCUCACCGGACGGUGGUUCAUGGUGUUCGCCUCCUUCCUCAUCAUGUCCGCCGCCGGCGCCACCUACAUGUUCGGCCUCUACUCCACCGACAUAAAAGACUCCCUCGGCUACGACCAAUCCACCCUCAACUUGCUCAGCUUCUUCAAGGACCUAGGAGCCAACGUCGGCGUACUCUCCGGCCUCAUCAACGAGGUUACGCCGCCGUGGGUGGUGCUCUCAAUGGGUGCAGUACUUAACUUCUUCGGCUACUUCAUGAUCUGGCUAGCUGUAACCAAAAAAAUUUCAACACCCCAAGUUUGGCAGAUGUGUUUGUACAUAUGUAUCGGAGCAAACUCUCAGGCUUUCGCUAACACCGGAGCUCUGGUCACCUGCGUCAAGAACUUCCCGGAGAGCCGAGGAGUCGUGUUGGGUCUUCUCAAAGGUUUUGUGGGUCUAAGUGGUGCGAUCAUAACCCAACUAUUCCAUGCAGUUUAUGAUAAUGACACAAAAUCUCUCAUUCUGAUGAUCGGAUGGAUGCCGGCGGCGAUCUCGUUCGCUUUCCUCCGAACAAUUCGGAUCAUGAAAGUUGUUCGACAACCCAAUGAGCUCAAAGUUUUCUACCAUUUUCUCUAUCUCUCUCUUGGUCUCGCUUCGUUUCUCAUGGCUGUUAGGGUGAAAAGGAGAGUUUGUGGUGGGCCCCAUUAA